AUGUGUAAAGAAAUGAACAUUGAAAUUCCCAUUGUAAAAAAUAAAAGAAUUUCAACAAAAAUAGAUUCAUGUACUAAUCAAUAUAUUUUUAAAACUAAAAGGGAAAAACUGAGGGUGUUGGUUUUUUAUUCAACUUUGGACACACUAUGUCAAGGCUUAAACUCAAGAUUUCAACAAGACACAUUAGACUUGAUCAGUUCUGUUGGAAUGUUGGUGAAUUUAUCUGAUGAGAUAGAAAAAUCAAAUUAUGAAUUAUUAUCUAAAUAUUUUAAUGCGUCAACUGAUGAAUUAAUUGCUGAAGUAAAAAUUUUAAAGGCUCACAAAGAUACACCCAGAGGAACAAAUUCAGCUUCUGUGUAUCAUUGGCUUGAUUGGUUAUGUCAGUUUAGUAGAUCAACUAUAUAUAAACAAUUCUAUCAUUGUCUCAAAAUGUUUUCUAUUAUUCCAGUUACAAGCUGUACUUGUGAACGCACUUUUUCUAAAUUAACCAUCGUUAAAAACAAAUUGAGGAACACAAUUGGUCAAGAAAGAUUGAAUGCCUUACUUUUUUUAUUUGUUGAGAAAGAACUUACAAAUAAUAUUGAUAUAAAUGAUGUUAUUGAUGAAUUCAAACACCUUACUCAAAGUGACCGUCGGCUUGUAUUAUAA